AUGAUUGGCGGUCCAGCGGUGGAUCAAUUCGAUCCUCUUCAGGUCGCUUUUGGGCCCCUCGUGUCCGCGUUCAUUGGCUCCUGCGCCUGCUUGAGGCAGCGUCACCGUGAGGAGUGUCCCGGGUCGAUCAGCGGAGCGAUCCUGCAAAACUGCGCCCUCACAGCGCCCUUCCCUUGCUCAGUCACCGGAGCGUCCAGGACUACGCCCUACGGGGUCCUGUUGACGCUCUCCUCGCCCGGCCGUGUACUCAUUCAUUACGUCGCUGGGGGAGACUCGAGCGCAGGCAAAUAA